ACUGUCAUCGUUUGCACCAACACAAGCAUCGACGAGAAAGACUUGAAGCGUUUUCUGACCCGUCAUACUACCGGACCCGACAGCAUGCUACACUGCGAAGGGGCCUCCUGUCAAUUUUUUACGUUUAACGAGAACAUCCUGCUUGAGUUAAAAUCCAGCGCAGAGAUUUACCUUGAUAAAAAUUUACAAGGCAAAGGCUUCGACAAAGAAGUAGUGACAGACGAAAACGUCAGGGACUUCCUGAAUCAUUUACAAUUUUUUUCGAAUUAUCCAAGCGGAAACAAAUUAGAUAAAAUUAUUGAACGUUUAUUGACACGCUUGAACAGCUCUGCUUUGUAUCGAAAGGUAUCCUCGCAAGAAAUAUACAAGAAAAUAGAGGAUUGGUUUAAACAGCCAAAAGGUGAAUACCUGACUGAGGAUCGAGCUAAAAUCAUGUUUGGAGAAAUAAAGAGCGACAAGUACUGCGAACAACUGAAGAACUACUACGUAUCGUUUAAGCAGGACGAUGCUUUUAGCUUCACGGAUACGAAAAGAAUCUUCCACGUCAGUUCCCAAGGGGGACAUUUAUUGCCAGUGCUGAAAAUUUAUCACGCUCUUCAGAAAGACGAAAGCAAGAAACUAUACGUGAACCCUGAGGAUGCACUUGAAGUACAGCGCCAAAUUCUCGAGGCGUUUGGACUUUCUCGCUACACCUUCUUGGUGAUAACUGGGGUCAAAAUUACUGAAGAAACUGCGAUAAAGGAAAUAUGUGGCAAAUUAAAGGAUGCAAUAAAGAAAUGCGCAUACAAGAAGGUGAUUUUGGUGGCCGAACCUAACGACAGACUCGGCCAACAAAUUGGACCAGACGAUAUUUUCCACGUUGACGGAUCUGUGACGUUCGAAGACCUCUCGGAAGAAUGCCAGAAGAAUUUAGUGAAUAAAAAGAAUAUAUGUUUUCAAGGAGAGGAAGUCAGCUUGGAAGAACUGUUAACGACGCAAGCAAGUAAGGACUGGGCGAGAGCUGUGGAUUCCGACAUUCUGGAAAGACUGAUUAGAAAUAAACGAAUCAAAGUAGGCGUACCAACGUUAGACCUAAACGAUGGCAACUCGCGAUGCUACGUACGUCGUACGUUUAAAAGGCAGGUGUAUAAGAGUGAGGGAGACCAAGACAGUGACGAGUUACGAGUAGAACUAUCGCCAACGAUACCUUUAAGUUUGGUUGGAGAAAGCGGUGACGAGAUAAGUGAGGAGAUUUUUUCAGAGGAAGGCAUGUAUGGCGUGAUGGAAGACGUGGUACUUAUCUCGGACGGUGCGGGAAUGGGGAAGAGCACCGUCGUCGCCAGACUGGCGACGCUCGUAAAAGAAAGAAAUCCUCACUUGUGGGUGAUCAAAAUCGAACUCUCCGAGUACACCGUCAUCUUAAGGGACCUGAAAAAGAGCGGGGAAUCCCUAACCGUAACGAAACUGUUGAAUUCUGAAAAGGCUACGGAACUGACGAACCAUUUAGAAAGGUUCGUAUUUUCCGUGGACAAGAAGGUCGUGCUGGUGCUCGACGGGAUCGACGAGAUCAGUCCCGAUUAUACAGGGCUCGUUCUGGACCUGCUGACCCAAUGCCUGCAAGCGGCCAACUUUGCCAAACUCUUCGUUACCACGAGACCCCACAUGGUGCGAGAAUUGGAAGAAGUUUUGAAAGUGAAGCCGUUCGUGAUGCAACCGUUCACGGAACAGAACCAAGUGGACUUUCUCGCUAGUUAUUGGCUGCACAAUCUGAGCGUAGAUGUCGAGAAUAAAGGCAAGUGUGAGCAGUACGCCAGGGCGCUAAUAAACAGGAUGUCAUCGUGGACGAAGGGAUAUUACCAGAAGGAAGACGACUUUACUGCGAUACCCCUGCAACUUGUUAUGCUGGCGGAGAUUUUUCAAGAGAGCAUAAAACAGAAGGAGUUGUCGUACUGGGAAGGAUGCAUGGAGUAUUUAAAGGAGACGAGGGUGGAGCCGAAGCUGCCGGAAAAGAUGAGAAUCAAGGAACUAUUCGAGAUGUUUAUCGUGAAGAAGAGGGACAUCUACAUAUACAAAGGAAAUCCCACUGGUACCUCGAUGGCGAACAGGGCGUUGAUUAAACAGUUUAACGAGUCGCUCACUUGGUACAGAAAACUCGCUUUGGAAAUGGUCCUACACCAGAAAGACUGUCAACUAUUCUCGCGUUACCGACAAAGUUGCGAGGACAUCGACGAAGAUACACUGAUAAUAGGAAUUGUGCAGGUAUCGAACGGGGGCGUUCGCUUCAUCCACAGGACUUUCGCAGAAUACUUUGUGACGGAAAGCCUAAUCGACGAGUUGCAACUUCAGUCACGCAAUCCCAACGUAAGCUUCCAGGAGUUCUUCAUAGACCACAUAUUAAAGUCUCCCAAUUACAAAAUUAUCCGUGCUUUCCUCGAUAAUUUCCUACAGAAGGCGGUGGACCCCAUACCUCCAAAUAUUUUCGAGUGCUAUCGGUCCCAGGCAUGUCACUUUUUCGAUUCUACCCACUACGACCACCUCGUUCAUCUCCUGGCAAGAGAAGGUUGCGUCGCGGUCCUGCAACUCAUACUCGAGAGCGUGCACUUCAGGGCUAUCAGAGACAAAGAAGUUAACAUCGAAGACCUGCCGUCCCUUAACACGGACGCGAAUGCGAUCGCCUCCCCGGAAAUUGAACGAAACACGCUAAACGUCAUACAGGUUUUGGUGCGAGAGGGCGGGCUCAACAUCAGGAACAGGUUCGGACUGACGCCGCUUCACGAAGCCGCUAGAAACGGCCACUCGGAGAUGGUGAGGUAUCUCUCCGAGCAGGGGGCUAAAAUCGACAGCAGAGACGCGGAGGGUUACACGGCAAUGCAUCUGGCUGCAAUGAAGGGCGAUCUGGACAGUGUGGAGUACCUCGCAAGAACCGGCGGCCAUGUCAAUAUCAAAGACAACGCCGGGCUAACGCCACUGCACUUCGCCGCAUGGAACGGUCAGUUGGACACUGUAAAAUUCCUGAUUGGACUGGGCGCAGACUUCAAGGCCGUAGACGAGUACAAUCGCACGCCGCUACGAUUGGCCGCCUUGAAGGGUCACUUGGACACUGUGAAAUUCCUUCUUCGAAAGGGCGAAGAUGUGAACGAUAGAGACAGCAAAGGCUUCACGGCGUUGCAUUAUGCCGCCGCUAACGGUCAUUUGGACACAAUCGAAUUCCUUCUGGAAUUGGGUGCCGAUUUCAGUGUCGGGGACAAUGAAGGGGGCACGCCGCUGCAUUUGGCUGCCAGGAGGGGUCAAACGGACGUAGUCGUAUUUUUUGUCAAGCUCAGCGGUGAUGUCAAUGUCGCAGACGACAAGGGACGCACGACGCUUCAUUUUGCUGCGUCGAGUGGUCACUCGGAUAUAAUCAAAUUCCUUCACAAGCUGGGCGCAGAUUUAGUUGCUAGGGAUAAUGAGGGGCUGACGGCACUGCAUUUGGCUGCUUCGUAUGGUCACUUGGAUACAGCCAGAUUCCUUCUGGAACAGGGUGUAAGUGUCAAUGUUGGAGAUAACGACGCCACCACGCCGCUACAUUUUGCUGUCCACAAUAGCCACUUGGACAUGGUCAGAUUCCUUCUCGAACUGAGUGCAGAUUUCAACGCUAGAGAUCAUGCCGGCACAACGCCACUGCAUUUGGCUGCCUCGAACGGUCACUUGGACAUAGUUAAGCACCUUUUAGAACUGGGUGCAGAUUUCGAUGUUCGAGAUAAUGAUGGAGCCACGCUGCUGCAUUUGGCUGCCAGGGAAGGCCAACUGGUCGUUGUUGAAUUUCUUGUACAACUCAAUGACGUCAAUAUCAAAGACAGCAACGGACGUACGCCGCUGCAUUUUGCUGCUGCGGGCGGCCACUUGGAAGCAAUCAGACUCCUUCUAGACCUGGGCGCAGAUUACAAUGUUGGCGAUAAUGAGGGCAUGACAGCACUGCACUUUGCUGCGGCGAAUGGUCGGUUGCACGCUGUUAAAUUCUUUGUCGAACUGGGUGUAGAUGUCAAUGUCGGUGAUAACGAUGACAGCACGCCACUGCAUUUGGCCGCCAGGGGAGGUCAACUGACCGUUGUCGAAUAUCUCGUGAAACUCAACGGUGACGUCAAUAUCGCAGACAACAACGGAAUGACAGCGCUGCAUUUUGCUGCUGCGAAUUGUCACUUGGACACAAUGAAAUUCCUUGUGGGGCAAGGCGCCGAUCCCAAUAUCAGGAAUAAAGAUGAACGCACGGCAAUGGAUUUCUUCAGACAAAAGUCAUUCGGGUACGGACAAAAUCCCAGUUUUUAGCCCGUUCGCCAGAAUCCUAACCUUGACAAGAACCAUCCUCAAAUUGGAAACUGUUAUGUAUGAGACACGAUUGGGAAUAGAAAUGUAACGGAAAAUAGGAAACAACUUUAAUGAAUUAGCCAUUUCAGAAAAAAUGGUCAGCUUCAGCUGAAAAGUUUUA